AAAAGAAAAAAAAGCCAAAUAUUAAAUUAAAAAAAAACAACAACAACAACGGCUUUUUAAUAACUGUAUACCCAGUAAGAGCAGCAAGAAGCAGCAGAAGAACGAGAGCAUUGCUCACGUACGAGACGGAUACACAAAAAUGCGACGCUCGAGCGUGUAACUUUGCGUGUGUGUGUGUGUGUGCGAGUGUGCGAGUGUGUUUGUGCGUGUGAGUGUGUCGGUGUGCGAGUGUAGUGUAGUGCUUAUAUGGCAUACCUAUAGAGCUGUACCUAAUGUGCCGAUACAUACAUACAUACAUACCCACACACAAAUAAAAUAACACAAAGGCAACAGCGUUGCCUUCUCGUGUCCCUAACCGUGUCCGCAUUCAUUGUCGUUGGUCGAGUGCUAAACGGAAAUAUUUGGUAGUCCAGGUUAUUGCCACGAAUAAUAUAUAUAAAAAAAAAGUAGGACCCGAGAAAGCAACAAUGGCAGUCAAAAUGAGAGACUAUUGAAGCGAAAAAUGUGUGCAAACAUAAAUGUUGAGUUUCCACUAAUUAUUCCGCAUUGCGCAAUCGAUUGCCAAAUAAAUCAACUUUGCACAAAAAAUCAACACCGUGUUGGGCUCAAAAUGGCGCCGGGAUACAAGCGUCGCAUGGAAUACACAUAGAACAGCUGUCAACUGAUUGUUAACGCCUCUGGAAGUCCUUCAAGAUUGUCAUCGAUGUUGUUCUGGCAUACGCAAGGCCAGUAAGAAGAACAAUAAUAAAGCGAAAACGAAAUCAGCUGUCAGUUCAUCGAUCAACGUAGUAUUAUGUCGAUGGACAUGCAGCACAGCUGGGGCGCCUCGCCCCUAAAAGUGCUUUGGCUUACACAACUGUGGCUGUUGCUGCUGCUAUUUGAAAGCGGCAUGGUCAUCAGCGAAGUGCCUCCACAUUACUGGGAAACCCCCUACUCGCAGCCAUACUUUGAUAACUCCUCACGACGCGAGGUCACGGCAACUGUGGGGCAAGCGGCGCUCCUGCAUUGCCGCGUACGGAAUCUUGGCGACCGGGCGGUAUCGUGGAUACGCAAGCGGGACCUGCAUAUAUUGACUGUUGGCAUAUUAACCUAUACGAAUGAUCAGCGCUUUCAAUCGCUGCACUCUGAGGGCUCCGACGAAUGGACGUUGCGCAUAUCCUCGCCGCAGCCACGAGACUCAGGCACCUACGAGUGUCAGGUGUCUACCGAGCCGAAAAUCAGUCAGGGCUUUCGCCUCAACGUAGUGGUGUCGCGUGCUAAAAUUCUUGGCAAUGCAGAGCUGUUCAUCAAGAGCGGCAGCGACAUUAAUCUCACCUGCCUGGCGAUGCAGUCGCCAGUGCCACCGUCGUUUAUCUACUGGUACAAAGGCAAGCGGGUCAUGAAUUAUUCGCAGCGUGGCGGCAUUAAUGUCAUCACCGAGCGCUCGACGCGCACCAGUAAACUGCUGAUAGCCAAGGCCACGUCGGCGGAUUCCGGCAACUAUACGUGCUCGCCAAGUAGCUCAGACUCCGCUUCUGUGGUGGUGCAUGUCAUAAACGGCGAACAUCCGGCUGCAAUGCAACAUGGCAACAGCAGCGCGAGCUCCUUGCGCUCCUCAUGGAGCCCAGUGCCUUUACUAGCCAUCACAACGACGACAGCUGUGGUAGCUGUAACAUGGAACUUUAACUGGAGCAGCGGUUGCUUUGUUGCUGCCGUUAACGCUCUGCUGCCAGCGGCGUUUGCCAACUUGUGGCGCCGCUGUAGCUCGAACUGGAGCUGGAGUUGCAGUUUGAGCUGAUGAUGUUGCAGCUAUUUGGGCAUCAAGCUGAAUGACGGUCCCGGCCUAGUUGGGACAGUUGCACUUAUCUUCUGUUUAGUGUUAAUGAUGAUGCAUUUAAUGUGUGUGUAUAUGUAUGUGUAUGUUUGCCAUUACGGCUCGAUGCGGCUCAUCAACUGAGGUGUACAUAAUGCAAAAGUCCUUGAACGAGUAUUAUCUGUAAGAGAAACAAAAUUCGAAAUGGCAGCAUUGCUGACUAAAUAAAAGUAUUACGAUGGAACAUUUUAAAAACAAUACGCCCAAAAGAAAAAAAAAAACCUAAUAUAUAAGAUUGUAUAACAUUAUUACAGAAUCCAGGAACGAAAACUUGUAAACUUCUUUUCAUUUCUUUUCUUUUCAUUUUCAACCGAAAAACGCAUUCUUCGCUAUUUCGCCUAAUUUUGUGGUUUGCAUGCUUUCUGGCGCGCAGCUUGUUUAAAAUUAAUAAAUAAAAAUUUCAAUGUACAAGUUUAUUUAUCAGAGAAAUUCAUUAAACCAUAAGAAAGGCCGAAGAAAAGAAAACUUGUUCGCACGCGCCAAAAAGUAUGCAAUAAAAAGUUUACGAAUUUGAGUUCAAAACGCUUUCAGCUCCAGCGCCGUCUUUUGUUCUACUUUGUACACAAAACUCAUUUGUUAUUCUUUGACAAAAUGCGUAUAUAGUAUAUGACAAAUAUAUAUAUACAAACAUAUACAUAUAUAUAUAUAUAUAUAUAUAAUGUAUACAAUUCACAGAAAAGUCCAGCCAAAUUACAAGCAAUUUAAUUUUCAUUUUCGUUGAGAU